AUGUCGCACGUCGUAGUAUUCAACUCGUACGCGAGGACUUUCAAGAUUCCGACGACGCCCACCAAGUACCUGACGGAAGUACGGGACGAGGCAUGCCAAAAGUUUGGUGUCAACAAGGAUCAAUUCACGCUCAAGUACAACAAUAAACCCAUCUCCCUAUCGCAGCAAAUACGGCUCGCGAACCUUCCCCAAGGCGCCCGAUUAGAACUCGUCCAAGCCUCGCGAUCGCCUACAGUCAUAUCCGUCGCGCUCCAGCUUCCCGCAACCGAGCAGAACAAACGCCUUACAAGCAAGUUCGCAAGCAACACUUCGUUAUGGGAGAUUCUACGACACUUCGAGAGUGGUCAGGGGACCAACUACAACUUCACACAGCGCGGCAUCCCCGAGAUGAGCGGUGCGUCCGGUGCUGGUAGGCUACAUUACGAGCAGCCCGUCAUAACCGUUAUGCCAGGCCAUAAGGAACAGUCCAACUUUGUCGAGCUGCAGCAGACUCUCAGUCAGCUGGGUUUCGAUAGCGGAUCGGCCUUGCUAAAGUUGUCGUACAAGAACAGCGGAACGCCACUGGAGGAGGUUAUGGCACAGAUCACACAGUACUUCAAGUCUAGUGAGCCUGCGUCUGCUGGUGCACAUGGUGCACAUGCUUCGACGACCGAUCAACUAGCCUCAAUACCGGAUCCUGCCCAGGCAGCUCCGGAGUCGACAGAAGUCGUAGCGGGCGAAACUGUUCGCAACGAAGAGCCCGAUCCAGAACCGAUGGAGGUUGACUCCAAACCGGCUGCCCAGCCUAUACAAGAGCCUGAAGUGUCUACAGAAAACAACGCGACUGAGAACGUGGAGAACACUUCGCCAGCGGCAGCAUUGGCUGCGGCAACAUCAACAGCGUCUUCUCCUGCUGAGCAAUCCCGCAAUGUACAGAUCUUCUCUGCGCCAACAUCGUCCACACCACAAGCGGCGCGAAAUGCCUUCAACGAGAGCGACUACCUACCCACCAUCGAGCACGCAAAGGCACACCAAAAUGCGUUGUUGACCAAGACACGGAACACACGUCUACUAUCCGACAAAGAGUUGGAGGAGCAAGAAAAGGAGCGACAAGCCAAGAUUGAUGCGGCAGCUGAGAAGGGUGGUGCACUCCGUAUACGAAUGCCAGACGGUGCGCUCAUCCAGAUGAACUUCAACAAGAGUGAUACCGCAGUCGGUCUAUAUGACUUUGUGCGCGGCUUUCUCGAGAAGAAGAAUGAGCCUUUCCAGCUCAAGAACACUGGUCCGACAGGCCGACUUGUUCUGAUCCCACAAGACAACAAGCGCUUAGUGCAUGAUCUACGUUUCUUCAACAACGAACUCAUUACUUUUCAAUGGGCGGACAAUGCUAGCGCCGAGGCGAGGGCAAGCCGGCAUACUCUUUCGCAGGAGUGGCAAGCGAAGGCACAGGCGCUCAAGGUCGAAGAGCCAGUACGGGAGGAGAAGGCUCAACCUCAGGCUUCUCAGGGCCAGACGGUCGCGGAGGGCAAGCGCAAAGCUAAUAUGAGUAACGAGGAGAAGGAGAGCAAGCUGAAGAAUCUGCUCGGAAAGGGCUUGUUUAAGAGGAAGUAG